UAUUAUUUAAUAAAAUGUCUAAAUUAAAGCGAAAGAGAAGCUCAGCGGAGGAGAUUAAACCUAAACCUGAUCUACACUUCAGGAUCAGAGAGCAGAAACACAGUCUGCGCAUUCCGGACGCAGCGCUGCCUGACUGUGUUGAUGCAGGUUUCAGAUCUUCAUGGUGGACCAGACCUGACCUCUCUGAGGUGGAGAAGCUGUGGCUGAUCACUCUGCAGGAUCUCUCUCCAGCGUUAACCAAUCAGGAUCCAGGAUUCUGUCCACCAGAUCUUCCGAAACCCCCUCCGCCAGGUGAGACGGAGGUGAGCGAGUGGUCCUGGUGUGGUUUACAUGAAGACGUUGGUGCUCUUCCUGACCCCCCUCCGCCAGGAUCUGUACAAUCUGAGUCCACCAGCAUCCCAUCACCCCCCAAAACCACUACCUCUACACCCCCCACCCCACCCAGCACCCAUCAGGACCAGCAGAAGGAUUCAGAGAUGAUGGAGUGCGAGGAUAACGAGGCUCGGCGGGAGGGGAGCGCCACCACCCAGAGAGAAUCCAUAACCGGGCGGGACCUGGGUGCUCAUGGUGCUGCUGAAGCUGGAACAUCAGGCAUUUCUGGAACACGGACCUCCGAAACUGGGUCGGGUGGUAAAAUGGGAUCUGGAUCAGGAGUCAAAUCUGGAUCAGGAGUCAAAUCUGGAUCAGGAGUCAAAUCAAAAUUAGGAUCAGGGGUUGAAUCUGAUUCAGGAGUCAGAUCAGGAUCAGAACCUGAUAACAGGACUGUGAAGGAUGAAGGACGUAAACUGGAGUGCUGCCCGAUGUGUCUGAUGUCAUUUCCUGCUGGGUUCUCUCAGAUAGAAUGUGAUGGACAUCUGGCCCAGUGUUUAUCAGACAUGAACGUGGACAUGGUCUGGUGAUCAUCUUCAUCAUCAUCAUCAUCGUCAUUCUGAGUUCCUCACACCGUGCUUCACUCUCAGAUCGUCUGACCACAAAGAUCACCAAACCAGACCUCUGACUCCUGUGGUUUAUUUUCCAUACAGUACUGGUAAUCAAAAGGUCGCUGGUUCAAGCCCCAUCACUGCUAGGUUGCCACUGUUGGGCCCCUGAGCAAGGCCCUUGACCCUCAGUUGCUCAGACUGUGUACUGUUACAGUACUGUAAGGUGGCUGCUGCUAAAUGCAGAAAAUGUCAACAUAAAUGUAAAUGUGCAACAUGCCAAAACUAUGUGGACACCCUUGUUAAAGAUGCGAGUGUGUGGUAAGUUUGGGGAAGGCCCUCUCCUGUCCCAGCGUGAGUGUGUCCCUGUGCAGGAGUGAGAACUGGACACGUCUAACGCAGGCUGAACCCUCUCAGUGCUUUCUGAAUGGAGCUGUAGAAAUGAAUAAAGUGUUGAAUAGAA